CGAAGCUGAUCCAAGUUGACCCAAGAUUCAAGUUUCAACUUGGAGGGUAUUUCACGGCUAGUCCCUUCCUCCUUGUUGGCACUAUAUGGGAUCCUAUGGUCCACAACAUCUGUUUGAGGGCUACCGACGAUUACAACAGUUUCCAUAUCCCUUUGCACAUCUGGGAUCAGCUUCGUUAGAGCCUACAGUGGAACGGGAUAUUCUUGUAAUAAAAAACCCGCUCCGUAAGUGAAUCUGUUCAAUCUGAUUCCCUGCUAAAGAUUAGUCAGUAUUCAGUUAUUCUGGAUUCUCUUGCCUUUUCUGGUUUAAUGGGUGAGACAGAGGUUUCGAAAACAACUGUAGGAGUCCACCAGAACAAGGGAAAUGGACCCUUCAAGGCAUUUGAUUCGGCAUUUUCUUCACUUUUUGUUCAGCUCCCUCACACGCUUCAGAAUUGUCUCAUGUCUCGUUUCCAAAGGUUAGCAAAGGAUAUGGAAGGAGUAAAAUUGGGGACCCCUGCUUUAAGAAAGGAGAAAGGAUCAUCUACUCCUUGGGAAGUUGAUCUGGAAAAGCAGAUGCUAGCAUGGAGUGAAAAUCCAUCAUGGGUUGAUGAUCAACCUCCAAAAAUAAAGGUCAGCGUACCAAAAGGUUCUCUUUGCAACCUCAAUGUAAAAGUUAAUAUUGGGCUGCCUCCAGAUGCAGUAUAUAAUAUUGUGACAGACCCUGAUAAUAAGAGGGUUUUCAAGAAUAUUAAGGAAGUAAUAUCCAGAAAGGUUUUGGUUGAUGAAGGUCUGAGGCAGGUGGUAGAAUUGGAGCAAGCAGCCUUAUGGAGAUUUCUUUGGUGGUCAGGAACCAUAUCGGUUCAUGUUUUAGUAGAUCAAAACAGAGAAGAUCACUCGAUGAAGUUCAAGCAAGUGAAGACAGGGUUUAUGAAAAAGUUCGAAGGGUGCUGGACAGUAGAUCCUGUGUUUGUUGAUGAAAAAAUCUGCUUCCCCCUUAAGCCAAAGACAUGGAAAGAUUAUUUUGCAUGUACUGGAGGGAAAGGAAGGGUUGGCUCAAAAGUGAGCUUGGAGCAACUGAUACAACCGGCCCUUGUUCCACCACCACCCAUCUCCUGGUAUCUCAGGGGAAUAACCUCCAGGACAACAGAGAUGCUGAUAAACGAUCUGCUUGCUGAAGCUGCCAGAAUUAGGGGAGAUUUUUGUCCCGAAAAAUCUGGUAAAGAGCUUGAAACAUCCAAGGAAAAGUUUGAUGAAUGCCUAGCCCAUAAUAAUAUGUGUGAUAUCAAAGAAAGAUGGGCACUGCAUAGAAGAAAUGCAAAGCAAGGUCAGAGAAGGCUUCUGACUGCCAAUUGAUCAAUUUGUGUUUAAUUUCUCGUUAUCAACUUAUCUACAUACAUUGUUGCUGUAAUUGAUAUCUGAGUUGUCUAGCAAUGAUUGAUAAUAACAUAUAUCCGUCGAAACUAUCAGAAGGUUCGUUGUGUUGUUUCA